AUGGCCCCUUCUCUCAAAGGCGACGACAUUGUCAGUGUUGUCGAGUCGCUGGAGACAAAGUCCUCCAUGUCGGGCAGCGAUGUUUCCAUAAAGUCUCCACCCAAGCCUCUCCCCAUUGUCAUGAUCGCUGUCUUGUUUCUCAUGAUCCUCGCAUCUGGUGGAGGUCUUUGCCUUUCAGCUCUUCAGUUUCGGCCGUCAAAAACUGGCGAGCGCGACUGUCUCAGUCAAAGCUUCAUCCUAUUCGGUUCGAUGAUAUCCCCCAUGUACGUGGUGUUGCACAUUAUCGUGUCGUUCCGCAACUACCAGGUGGUGAAGAGGCAGUCUCUGCAAUCACCUCUGGUAUCUUGGGCUGUCAUCGUUGCCCGACUAGGUCUAUUGCUUUGGAUCCCGGCUGUGAUCCUAUCAUCGGUAGCAUUGGCCCAUUAUCCCGGUUUCGUGACACAAAGUCCAAUCACUGAGCUGAACUUUUCUGUAUCUGUCAUCGGAAUAAUCGCCAGUAUCGCAGUCAUUCUUGUGCUGGAAAUCGCAUCACACCCGUUUGAGCUACCCUGCUUCAGGCGGCGUAACACUGUGACAUGUCUGGUCAGCGCUUUUGAGAAGGAUCUCAAGGAUGAGGAAGCAAAGCCUUCAAGCCGUACAAACAGCCGUCCCUUGACCCCCCCGGCUUACUAUUAUUUCGCCGCUAAUCACCGACACACGGUCCCGGCCCCGGUAAGAGCCAAACUCGUCCGCAAGGCCAGCUAUCCCAGACGUCGAGAGCAAAUUCCCCCAGUUCCACCUCUGCCGUACCCGCACCCGGACUCCCUCGGCAUCAUGCUUCCCAUCGCAGAGCCGCUACCUCCUCUUCCCGAGCUGGAACAGACCUCCAUUACCCCGGCCAUCAAGAUUACCCCUGCCACGGCGCCUGAAUGCCUCUGUCCUGGGAACGGUAAGCUCGCCCCGCGAGCGAACAAGGACAAGCCAUGUCCCCCUCCUCCUGGAACGGCGUGGGCUAAAGACUGGGAACAGCUUGCCGUUGAUACCGGGGUGCGGCGGAACGGCUCGUUGAGCGACUAUGGUUCCACGGUUGGGACAGACACGCUCGAUGGGAGGCUCGACACUCGCGGAGUUGCGUUGAAGCCGCCUCUGCCUUCGAUUAUCAUUACACACAGUCCAGAACAUGUCUGA